AAGUCAGUGCUGGCAGGAAGGAGUGUGCAGAGCUUAGUGGUGGAGGAAUCAGCAGCAGUGCUGUGAGCCCAGAUAUCAGCAAUAUCAUGGCUGACCAGGACAAGAAACAAGUCAAGUAUUACACUCUGGAAGAGAUACAGAAAAAUAAUCAUAGCAAGAGCACCUGGAUCAUCCUCCACCACAAAGUCUAUGAUGUCACAAAGUUCUUGGAGGAGCAUCCAGGUGGAGAGGAGGUGCUACGAGAACAAGCUGGAGGAGAUGCAACAGAGACCUUUGAAGACAUCGGUCAUUCCACAGAUGCCAGAAAUAUGUCAAAAGACUUUAUCAUAGGAGAACUUCAUCCAGAUGACCGAUCCAAAAUCCAAAAGCCAACAGAAACCUUUAUUACCACUACUGAAUCAGAUUCCAGUUGGUGGAGUAACUGGAUAAUCCCUGGCAUAUCAGCUGCUAUUGUUGCCUUAAUGUAUCGUUUCUACAUGUCAGAAGACUAAGACAUUCAACAAGGAUGGUAGAAGAAAUUCUAUUCCAGACCAGGAAAUAAGUUCAUCACCUUACGAUGGCAAAAUCAGAUGUAGUGUAUGAACUGUGCCAACCAAGUCCUUCUCCGGCUGUUUCUUAUUGCAUCUUAUUGGAUCCUUUAUGUUAACUUGCAGUCCAUUUUAAACUUUGUAAUAAAAAAUAUUAGUAUGCCUAAAGCAGAUACCACAAGAUGCAUUUUUUUUUACAUUUAUAUGCCAGAAAACUGUUUUUCUCUGUGUCUCCAUUUGAUUUUUAGUUUUACUUUGUUAGUUGGGUCUGACUUUUCCUGAUUUUCAUGGCUAAGCUCUAACUGGCAGUCUCAUCGUAUAGUGGAAUGGUGGUACAUCUUACAGAUGAAUUCAUGGAAAGUCCAGCCCCAAU